AUGCACUUCCUCCAGAUCUCACUGUUGGCUGUCGCCAGCUCCCCAUUCGUCUCGGCAUGGGGAGGCUUCCCUCAACUGAAGCAUGCGGAACGCCAAGUGUCCACCCAGAGUCUCAUUGAUGCGCUAGCAAACUACACGGAUCUCUCAAGCUUCCAGCAGAUCCUUAAGAGCGCACCCGGUCUCAUCAAUGCCAACGUCCAGCGGGGAGCAACAGUCCUGGUCCCAACCAACGAGGCUCUGUCUGCCUACAUGAAACAGAACAACGCCACCGAACUCUCCCAACUGCACAUACAGAAGCUGACGAGCGUCUUCCAAUACCACACCCUCGAUGCCGCCCUUACAUCUGCCAACUUCAGCGCCUCCAGGGGCCUCACAGUCCCGACGAAGCUCACGGACAGCUUGAACAACCUGCGGAGACCCGGCCCCGCCCUGAUCAGCCAGUUCGGAGCCGAAGCCACCGGUCAGGUGCUUUACAUCUCAAAGUCGACCGAAGCCGGCACUUCCAAGUUUAGGGUGAGGCAGGCGGCCUCGACAGACGAAAAGGCGGGUCUGCAGGCGGGUCUGGGCCAGACGGCCGAGCUCACGGGGGUUGACGGAGUAUGGGACGGCGGCUACUUCCAAAUCGUCAACACAGUUCUUGAAAUGCCGACCGUGUGCUCCGCGACCAUCAAGAAGCUUUCAGACACCCUCUCCGGCCUCGACUCUGCUCUCCGCAAGGUCAGCUUGUGGCAGGAGCUGGACAAAACUCCCAACGUCACCUGUCUCGGACCCAACACCGCGGCUUUCAAUUCAGCCGGCAAUCCGGAGAAGAACUUGAACCAGACUGCGCUCACCGACGCUCUACUCUUCCACACCCUGCCUCAGGUGGCCUACAGCAACUUCCUCACCGACGGCCAGGAGUUCAUGUCCCUCGGCAACGUCACCGUGAGAGUCACGGUCAAGGAUAACCAGAUCUGGUUCAACGACGCCAAGGUCGUCCAGCCAAACGUCUUGACAAACAACGGUCUCAUUCAUGUCCUCGACCGCGUCAUGUCCGCCGAAGGGAAGCCGGACACCUCAUCCUCGCCAUCUUCGACAUCCGGUUCGUCGCCCUCGAGUACUUCCAGCCCGAGUCCGACCGGCACGCCGCCCAACUCGGGAAAUACUCUAGCUGGGAACAUUCACGCGGCCGGUGUCAUUGCAUUUGCUGCGGUCAUAUUGCUCAUCUAA